AUGGAAACAGAGACCGGGUCUACUCCAUCACAUGAAGCUGAUUCCAAUGUAAUGGAGUCUAGCUCUAGAGUAAGGGAAAAGGUUGAUCCGGCUUGGGAACAUUUUAGCCUUGGGACGGAUGAGAAGGGACGAAAUACUUUCACAUGUAUGUAUUGUAGGCAAACAUAUAAAGGUGGGGGUAUUAAUAGGAUGAAAAAACACCUUGCGGGGAUAAAAGGUGAUAUUGGAUCAUGUAAAAAGGUUUCUCAUGAUGUGAGAUACCAAAUGUUGGAAUAUGUGAAGGAGUUUGAGUUGAAGAAAAAAGCUGAAAAACAACGUCAAGCAGAAAUGUUUAGUGUGCCUUCCACAAAUAGUGAUAUACAAGAAGAUGAAGAUGUUCAAGAGGUGUAUAGUAGUGGGUUGCCUAAAAAACUUGUUUUAGGUAAAAGAAAGGGUACAAAUCCGGGGGAUAAUUAUUUUGCUCCAAGAACUACUCCAGGAGCUCAACCUGGUCUUAAAAGUGUGUUUCAAAGUAAAGAAAGGGUGAGGCAAGCUGAUAUGGCUAUUGCAAGGUUCUUGUAUGACAAUUGCAUACCUUUUAAUGUAGUCAAUUCAGUGUACUACCAAAAGAUGAUUGAUGCUGUAGCUGCUGCUGGUCCUGGCUACAAAGCUCCAUCUUAUCAUGCUGUACGGGUCCCUUUGUUGAGGGAUCAAAAGAAAGAGGUACAGUUGUUGGUUGAGUCACAACGUAGGCAUUGGGCAGAAGUUGGAUGUACACUUAUGGCUGAUGGUUGGACGGAUACUAGACAUAGGUCAUUGAUUAAUUUCCUUGUCUAUUGUCCUAGGGGAAUGGUAUUUGUAAAAUCAGUUGAUGCCUCUGAUAUUGUGAAGAGUACUAGAAACUUAUAUAAAUUGUUUGAUGAAGUAGUUACAUGGGUUGGUCCAAAAAACAUAGUUCACAUGGUUACCGACAAUGCUUCCAAUUAUGUAUCUGCUGGUAAAUUGUUGUGUGAAAAGUAUAAGACCAUUAGUUGGUCUCCUUGCGCAGCACAUUGCCUGAAUCUUGUGUUGCAGGAUAUGGGAGAAAUGCCUCAUGUGGAGAGACUUAAAAAACGUGCAUCCAAAGUUACAGUUUUUAUUUAUAAUCAUGUAGCUUUGAUUGCUUGGUUGAGGAAGAGACCUGGUUGGACAGAUAUUGUACGUGUAGGAGCAACAAGAUUUGCUACUACUUUUCUUUCAUUUGGAAGUCUUCAUGUGCAUAAGCAUGACUUGCAAGCCUUAGUGACUAGCAAGUUUUUUGUGGACAAUAGAUUGGCAAGAGAGUCAAAGGCAAAAGAAGUAGUUUCUAUCAUUUUAGAUAAUACUUUUUGGGAUGAUAUUAAUGUUCUUGUCAAGAUUUCAUCGCCGCUCAUUCGUUUGUUACGGAUUGUUGAUUCUGAUCAAAGGCCUGCAAUAGGAUAUGUGUAUGAGGGCAUGCAUAGAGCACGGUUGGGAAUCAAGAAGAUCUUCCGAAUGAAGAAGCACUUGUACAAGCCAUACACUUCAAUUAUAAAAAUUCGUUGGGACAAACAUUUGCGUAAAGAUCUUCAUGCUGCUGCAUAUUGGUUAAAUCCUGCUUUUCAGUAUGAUGAGGAGAAUUUUUGCCGGAAACCAGCAGUACAUAUGGCUGUUUUGGACUAUAUUGGGACAAAAUAUGAUGGUGACAAAGAGAAGGUUAUUAAGGAAACCCAAUAUUUUCGAGACCGCAUUGGGAGCUUUGAUAGAGAGCUUGCAUUGUCAACAAGCACAACCACUCAUCCAGAUGAAUGGUGGAAGUUGUGGGGUGCUGAUGCUCCAAACUUGCAAAAAUUGGCAAUUAGAAUCCUUAGCCAAACUUCCGCUUCUUCUGGAUGUGAGCGUUGUUGGAGUUUAUUUGACCAAAUACACUCUAAGAGAAGAAAUAGAUUGGAGCAUCAAAGGCUCAAUGAUCUUGUGUUUGUUCAUCAUAACUUGCGAUUGAAACAUAGGCUUUACAACAAAAAGUUUAAUUUUGACCCCAUUGAUUAUGCAAGUAUCGACAAAACCGAUUUUUGGGUAUUUGUGGAAGAGGAGGACCCAUAUCUUAAUUAUGAAGAGUUGGAGAAUGCAAUUUAUGAAGAGGGUGCAUAUCCAGCAAGUGAAGGGCCUUCUUCUAAUAUGGAAGAAUCUGUAGAUGAUAGCAGUGAGGUUGAAGGAAUUGAUUUGGGAACAUUUGGACAACCUGUUGGCCCUCCUCCUGGAUUUCCAGGGAAUGAUGAUGAGCAUGAUGAUUUGGACAUUGAUGAUUUAUGA